AUGAGUAAAUUGAUAACAGUAUUACUGCCAAUAUUAUUAUUAUUAUUACAACAAACCAGUAGUAAAUUGACCAGGUUAACUCUCACUAAAUUUAAAUCAAUGCGAAGUUAUUGUCAACAAAACAACUUAAAUAUAAGCAAUAUUUUAGCCAAUAAUGUGGGCCAAAACGGAUCGGUCAUAUCGGAGCCACUGUCUAAUUACAUGGACUCCGAAUACUAUGGGAUCAUAUCAUUGGGUACACCGCCUCAGCCUUUCAAAGUAAUAUUUGACACGGGAAGCUCAGACCUAUGGGUGCCUGGAAUUUACUGUCAAUCAUACGCGUGCAAAAUCCACCGUAAAUACAAUCCAUCUAGAUCAUCCACAUACCAGCCCAAUGGUCAGCUCUUUGCCAUACAGUACGGCACCGGCAGUGCUACCGGAUAUCUAAGUUCAGAUACCCUGACAAUAGGUGGAGCUAAAAUAGUUAACCAGACAUUUGCCGAGACAACAAGUGAACCUGGUCCAACAUUUACAUACUCGGAGUUUGACGGUAUACUAGGCAUGGGUUACCCGCAGUUGUCUAGCUAUGGAGUGACGCCAGUGUUCAACAAUAUGAUAGCACAGGGAGUGGUGUCGGCGCCGGUCUUUUCCUUCUAUCUGAGCCGAGACGUGAGGGGAGCCGACGGAGAGAUUAUACUCGGCGGCACUGACCCUAACCACUAUACCGGUAACUUUUCGUACGUAAACGUGACUAAACAGGGUUAC